AUGACGACCUCAACUGCUCCUGCCGCUGUCGAUACGACAAAGGGUGAUCUUCCCCCCAACGAAGUCACCCACGUUGAGGGCACCGACGGCGAUGCUAUCGAUGCUGCCAAGGCUGUCAACUUCGUCACGGACAACUCGCACGAAGUGUCCAACUAUGCGAAUUGGACAUUCUGGCAGACCCUAAAACACUUUUGGCGCGCUAUGGCUAUCUCGUUUGCCUGUGGUAUCUGCGCCAUGGGCGAUGGAUAUCAGUACAAGAUGCCCGGCAACAUCGUUGCCCUUAAGGGCUUUAUCAAGCAGAUGGGCUAUGAGGAUGCCAAGACAGGCGCAUACAAGCUUGAUCCGCAGCAUGUCGCGGCCUGGGGUGGUGUAUACGCCGGUGCUCUAGUCGUUGUUCUUCUUGUUGGUAACUGGCCAGUCGACCGCUUUGGUCGUAAGCCAGCGCUGUGGGCUGUACAGAUCUUCAUGAUCAUUGCCGCUAUCAUCGAGAUUUUUGCCACCAACUGGACUCACUGGCUUGCAGCUAAAAUUCUCAAUGGUUUCUCGGUCGGCUGCAACCAGAUGACUGCUACCACUUACAUCUCCGAGAUCGCCCCUACUCGGGCGCGUGGUGCAGCUCUUGGAUUUUACCAACUCUUCAUGCCCGUUGACAAAUGGCGUCACGCAGUCUAUUCAAUGUGGUUCUUCGUUGGGGCCGCCAUCAUCGUUCUGCUUCUCAUCCCCGAGACGCCCCGUUUCCAUGCCCAGAGGGGGAACCAUGAGAAGGCUAAGAAGAUUAUGAAACAAAUCUAUGGCAAUGUUCCAAACUACGAUCUCGAGCAUGAGUACUCGAUCAUCCUCAAGGAGAUCGAGGAUGGAAAGGUGCUUGCCAAUAAUCAGAAGGGUGUCACAGUAAUGGACUGCUUCCGCGGUACAAACCUUCGCCGAACGAUCGUUUCUCUCGUGCCGUUCAACAACCAGCUUUGGGACGGUGCCCCGGUGCUCUUCUCGUACACCUCGUACUUCUUCCAAAUGGCUGGCAUCGCGAAGCCAUUUAUCGCCACUGUUGCCGUUAACAGUGUCCUCGUCGCCUUUGUCGCUAUCAGCUUUUACACCACAGAGCGCAUCGGUCGUCGUCCAUUGCUUGUCUACUGCGGCGCGUUCAUGGUGCCACUUCUAUUCAUCAUUGGCGGCAUCAUGAAACUGCCCAAAAGUACCACCAAUGGUUCUGCCAUGAUUGCCAUGUCUUGUAUUUGGGUCGCAGCCUACUCUUCAUCGGCAGGGCCUUUGGGCUUUACUUUCCUUGCCGACUGUUCUACUGCCAUCCUCCGAGCCAAGACUGCCAAUAUGGGCGCGCUCGCAUUUGCUCUCCUGUCUCUGGUCACCACCUAUUGUACGCCGCUCAUGCUAUCGUCUCCCAACUUUGGCGUCUCGGCCACUAUGUUCUUCUACGGUUCGACUUCGGCGGUCUUUGUCGUGAUUAUGUGGUUUGUCAUUCCCGAGACCAAGAACAGGUCUUAUGUAGAGCUCGAUGAGAUGUUUGAGCUCCACGUUCCGACUAGGAAGUUUGCCACUUACGAGACCUCGAUUGAUAGGGCUAAGAGGGCCGCAUGGGGCAACGCAACUGAAUCGGUAUAA